AUGAAGACUGAUCUUGAGAGAUAUCAUGCUCAGGUCAGCGCAGAGAUGGAGACUCUGAGGAAGUUGGAGGAGGCAGCUGAGAGGAAGUUGAAAGAUCUCACGUUGGUUCAAGACAAUAUUGCGGAAUGUGAGAAGAUGUUUGAGACACGGUCAUCUGAGCUUGUCUCUAAAGAGAAAGAGUUGGAAGUGCUUAGUCUGAAAAUUGACUUGAGGGAACAGACGGUCAUGUCCUUGAAUAGUGACAUGAAGGAGGCUUGCCAACGGAUGGAGAACAUUCAAAAGCUAAUCGAGGAAAGGAGUGGACAAUGUGAGUCACUAAAGUUGUUGUUUGAGAAACACAAUGAACAACUUGCUUCAGCUGAGAUUGCGCCUUCUCUAACACCUGUCAACAAUGUGCUAUCAUUGGAUGUGAAGCCUGAAGAACCAGUCAACAAUAGUGUGGCUUCUCAUUUUCCUAAUGAAGAUGCUAUUCUCAGGGACAUUGAGGACUCAACAUCUCUAUCGCUGAACGAAGUCUCUACUGAACUUCAAAUGUUUAAAGAUCCAGGCAGGUUUGUUCUAACAUCUGUCGAAAAGGCACUGACGGACGCUAGUGAGAGAGGAGAGUUGAGUUUAGAAGAGCCUAUACUAAUGGCUUUGGUUCCCCUUCUGGAGGAGCUGGCACGUGUUGGUAUCUCUACUGAUCCUGGUCUACAGUCUGAUGCAACCAAAGUGGCACGUGAAUGGGUUAGGAUGAUGGGAGCUAGUGUUGAAAAGUCGCAGCUUGAGGCUUGGGCGUUUCUGCAGUUCAUCCUUGCAUUUGGAUUGGUGAAACAAACUCAGCCGGAUCAAACUCUACAGCUUGCCUCUUAUGUUUCUCACUUCAAACAUGCGCCAAAGCUCUUUGAGUCUCUUGGUCUCACUCAUGCCAUCCCAGGCUUUGUCACAGAGCUCCUAAACAAAGCCAUGUGUAUUCCUGCAGUCCGGUUUAUGUUUUACUUCAAGGUGGAGAACAACUUUUCUCCACUGGAGAUCUUGAAAGAACAGAUCAACAAUCUCAGACGCUCAGCCAAGGAAAGUAGAAGAUAUGAAUCACAGGCCGAAGCUAACAGAGAUGCUGCUAUACUGAGGGAUAUGAUGGAACUCAUUGAAGACUUCAAGCUUGAAAUGGACAUACCUGUGGAUCUUAUCUUCAAAUUCAUGGUUCCUCGGGAAUUUCAAAUUCAGAACCAACGUAUUCAAUCAACGCAUAUGCAGGCUUCAGACACAGUUUUUCAAAACUCAUGCAUUGCCACUGAUGUCUCAAACCCAAGCCUACCAACAAGCUUUAGUGCUGUGCCAAAUCAACCGGUAGAAACGUAUGAAGCUGGUGGUACAACUGGGUUCCAAGGUCAAUCUUCACAUCAAGCUGGUUUUAAACGUCCAAGGGGGGUGGAGGAUCCUGAGGGUUCUAGACUGGUGAUUAGACCCUGCAUCAAUCGACCACCAGGCUUUGGCAAAUUCUAG